UUACCUUUCUUAGGCGCACCUGACACGGGCUGGAGAGAAGUUUCAGCUGGACCCGUUGCACAAGACUGCCGAAGCAGCCAUGCAGCAAGGGGAAUCGGAGCCUCCAGGACCCCCACCCCAGCUUUAGACCUUUGCCUGCAGAUGAGCUAGUUGUCUGCUUUUAAAAAUGGAAGGAAAAGUCUCUUCCAUAAAAUAUAGUGAUUUGUACAAGCUCGACAUGAGAGAUCCUCCGCCCACCGACUCAGUUUUGUGCAACCUUAUCCCUCCCAAUCUUGCUCAGUCCUGAAAGGGGGAGGCGGGCUUUUAUUGUGAAAUGUUGCGCUUGGCCAAUGUACAUUCCACCCGUGCCCUGCACCUCUUUGGCACAAACAGCCAUCUCUGGCGAUUGGGGACUUGCUAUUUUCUCUGAGCUCAGCAUUGUGGAAAUGCUUUCCCACGUCUUUUCUUUUGUUGGCUUCCUGCUUCAGAAUGUGACUCUUGCCCUUUGGUCUUUGCUCCAGUAUAUCCCAGUUAUAAGAACUGUGGUUUGCAACCAGAAACCUCCAGUUACUUUUAGCCACCGGAAGGGCUUAGAAUGCGUCUCGCCGUUAUUCUCCACCGUAGAAGAAACACCUCAGGUGAUCCCAAGAAAACUUGAAGGGCAGAUUCCCAGAUGGCUGAAAGGAAAGCUACUGAGGAACGGACCAGGGAAAUUUGAGUUCGGAUCAGAUAAGUACAACCACUGGUUUGAUGGCAUGGCACUGUUGCAUCAGUUUGAAAUUGAGGAUGGGUUGGUGAAGUACAGCAGCAAGUUUCUCAGGAGCAAUUCUUACCUGACCAACAGCAAGAACAGUCGGAUCAUGAUCUCUGAAUUUGGCACCUUGGCCAUGCCAGAUCCUUGCAAGACCAUUUUUGAGCGCUUCAGGUCAAGGUUUGAAUGGCCAGAAGAGACAGACAACUGCUCCGUGAAUUAUGUGGUCUUCAAAGGUGACUAUUUUGUCAGCACGGAGACCAGCCUAAUGCACAAGGUGGAUCUGGACACGCUUGAAACAAAGGAGAAGGUGAAUUGGAGAAAAUACAUUGCAGUGAAUGGAGCCACAGCCCACCCACACUACGACCCAGAUGGAACAGUGUACAACAUGGGCAACUCUUACGGGAAGCACGGCUCCAACUAUAACAUCAUCCGUGUUCCUCCGCAGAAGUCUCACCCUAGUGACUCCAGCCUGCAAGGGGCAGAAGUGCUGUGCACCAUUGAGCCAAAGGACAGAAUGAAGCCAUCCUAUUAUCACAGUUUUGGAAUGAGUGAAAACUACGUGAUUUUUAUUGAGCAGCCCUUGAAAAUAAACUUGUGGAAGAUGAUUAUAGCCAAUUUUGUGGGGGGAUCCUUUCUGGAUGCAAUGAAUUGGGAGCCUCAGCACAACACCCGCUUUCAUGUCAUGAACAAGCACACGGGGCAGAUCUUACCCUUGCAGUAUUGUACCAAGGCCUUCUGCUUUUUCCAUCAAAUCAAUGCCUUUGAGGACCAGGGAUGCAUUGUCCUGGAUCUUUGCUGUUAUGAUGAUGGAAGUGUUAUCGACAUUUACCGCCUACAGAAUCUCCACAAAGUGGGGGAAGCCCUCGACCAGACCUACAACUUACUCCCGAAGUCAUUUCCACGGCGCUUUGUUCUCCCAAUCAGGGUGAGCCCCAAGACAUCUGUGGGGAAGAAUCUUAGCCCUUUGUCUUACACAUUGGCAGAGGCUGUGAAAGAGGCUGAUGGGAAGAUCUGGUGCACACCUGAAAGUCUAUACAAUGAGGACCUCCAAGAAGCAGGAGGCCUGGAAUUCCCUCAGAUCAACUAUGCACGUUACUGUGGAAAAAAAUACCGUUAUUUCUAUGGUUGUGGCUUUGGGCAUGUCAUUGGAGACUCCUUGAUCAAGAUUGAUACAGAAACCAAGGAGAUGAAGAUUUGGUAUGAGAAAGGAAUGUAUCCUUCUGAGCCAGUGUUUGUGCCAGAACCUUACUCUGCAGCAGAAGACAGUGGAGUGAUACUCUCGGUGGUGCUCACACCCAAUCAGAAUCAAGGUAGCUUCCUGCUUAUUCUGGAUGCCGAGAAUUUCAACGAACUGGGCUGCACAGAAAUCCCUGUCCAGAUCCCCUAUGGCUUCCACGGUAGCUUUGUCCCCAGCAGAAAUUCCACCGGCUAAUGACCACCUGCUGAGAAAGGAAAGAUUCAGGGUCUGCUCCGUGAUGCUGUGUGUCCAGAAUGUGGUGACUCUGGACAAAUCACUUAAUCUAGAUGUGCACUGAUUUCUCAGGAUACCCAAUGAGGCGCUACAGCUAGUCCUCACUUAACAACCAUUUGUUUAGUGACUGUUCAAAGUUACAACAGUGCUGAACAAAGGGAGUUACAACUGGUCCUCGCGCUUACAAUCAUCACAGUACCUCCGCAGUCACGUGAUCACAAUCCGGGUGCUUGGCAACCAGCUUGCACUUAUGACCCCUGCAGCUCGCACUUACCACCCCCUGGGGUCACAUGAUCUCUAUUUGCGACCUUCCCAGCUGGCUUCUGGCAAGCAAAAUCAAUGGGGAACUGCAUGAUUCACU